AUGCCUCCUAUUCCCGUGAAAGAGGCCAAGGAAGCCGGCGAGUAUGACUACUUUGUCAUCGGUGGUGGUUCCGGCGGUCUCGCGUCCGCUCGUCGGGCGGGCCAGUACGGUGCAAAAGUCGGUAUUGUGGAGGGGACUUACAGGCUCGGAGGAACCUGCGUGAACGUCGGUUGUGUGCCAAAGAAAAUCAUGUGGUACACCGCCGACAUUGCCGACAACAUCCGUAAAUCCGUUGCGUACGGCUUCGGUGACUCUGCGACGGCCGACAAGAUGGUGUCCAAGUUUGACUGGACGACGCUCAAGCACAAGCGAGAUGCGUACAUCAAGCGCCUGAACGGGAUCUAUGAGAAGAACCUCAUCAACGACAAGGUCGACUACCACGAGGGCUGGGCCAAGUUCCUCUCUCCCAACGAAAUCGAGAUCACCAGCCGGGAUGGUUCCGAGUCCUACAAGGUCAAAUCCAAAAUCUUCAAUAUCGCCGUCGGUGGCCGGCCCACUAUUCCUUCCAACGAUGACAUCCCGGGCGCAGAGUACGGUAUCGACUCGGAUGGAUUCUUUGAUAUCGAGGAACAGCCCAAGACGGUCGUCGUGGUGGGGGCGGGGUACAUUGCCGUUGAGCUGGCGGGUGUCUUUAACACACUGGGGACGGAGACGCACUUGGUCAUUCGGCAUGAUAAGGUCCUGAGGACUUUUGACCCGAUGCUCCAGGACGUGCUUGGACCAUACAUGGAGAAAACAGGGAUGAACGUCCACAAAUCCUCCAACGUCAAGAAGGUCGAAAAGCUCCCUAACGGCCGUCUGUCAGUGACGAUCGACUCGGCCGACAAGCCCGUCGAGGCUGACGUCCUCCUCUGGGCGAUCGGGAGGCACGCCAAUACCGAGAAGCUCGGUCUCGACGCCGCGGGCGUCAAGACGGACAAGAAGGGCGAUAUCAUCUUUGACGAGUACCAGGCGACCAACGUCGAGAAUGUGUAUGUGGUGGGUGAUGUCGGAGGCAAGGAGCUCUUGACGCCCGUGGCGAUUGCGGCGGGCAGGCGAUUGAGUAACCGGCUCUUUGGGGGUCCGGAGUACAAGGACCAGAAGUUGUCUUAUGAUCUCAUCCCGAGUGUCGUGUUCUCGCACCCCACAAUCGGAUCGGUCGGUAUGACCGAGCCUGAAGCGCGGACGAAGCACGGCGACGACAAUAUCAAGGUGUACACCACUUCUUUCAAAGCCAUGUCCUUCGCGAUGCUGGAUGAGGAGCACAAGCAGCCCACCUCGUACAAGCUUAUCUGCGCGGGCAAGGAAGAAAAGGUGGUCGGUCUCCACAUUAUCGGCGAGGGAUCAGACGAGAUGCUCCAGGGAUUCGCUGUUGCCAUCAAGAUGGGCGCAACCAAGAAGGACUUUGACGAUACCGUUGCCAUCCACCCCACUUCUGCUGAGGAGCUCGUUACUCUGCGUUAG